AUGUUACAGCAUUGGUUGCUGCAACAAGAGUACCGCAUUUUGGCUGUUGCAGUGCAGAUCCAGGUCAUCAAGUCUGAGCUUCUGCAGCUGCCACCACCUGCCAUUAAAAAAAAGGGAGUGCUUCUGGAAAAACUGGGCAUUUGCCAUAGGUAUAUCAUCUGGAGGGCUGUGUACAAGGCAAUGCCACCAAUAAAAGACUCAAAGUUGAUCAUAAAGGACCUGGUUUUCGAUGAGGUGCCCGUGAGGGUGUACUGGCCCAAGACAUCACCUGCCGGGAACAGGAGAGGAAUCAUCUAUCUUCAUGGAGGCGCUGGACUCUUUGGAAGCAUCCGAGCCUCUGAAAGGGUUUGUCGUUCCUUUGCCCACCUAAGUGAUUCAGUAGUUGUGAGUGUCAGAUUCCGUUUAGCUCCUGAGCAUCCGUAUCCAGUCCCAUUCCUGGACUGCUGUACUGCUGCAAUCCACUUUCUGAAGAACGCAAAGGAAUACAGAGUGGACCCCAGCUGUAUCGCCAUUGUUGGGGAGAGUAGCGGGGGGACAUUUGCUGCGGCCGUUUGUCAAGAGCUGGUGACCAGAGAGAACCUUCCAAGCCUGCGAGGUCAGGUCCUGAUCUACCCAUUCUUACAAACAGGGGACUUUUAUUUGCCCUCCUAUCAGCAAAACCAAGCAGUCCCUCCCUUGUUCAGGAAACGAGCUGUCCAUUUUGGCUUGAGACAUCUCACCGGGAAGGAGAUCGAUGUGGACGGAGUUAUCAAAGGCGCCCAUGUCCCUUACGAUUUGAGGGAGAAAUACAGGAAGUGGAUCAACGUUGAUUACAUUCCAGAAGAAUUCAAGGCGAGGGGCUACGUGCCUAAAGCACCUGCCCCGUUUUCAGAAGAACUUUAUGAGCAAGUUAAAAGAGCUGGAGAGGCCAUCUAUGCGCCACUUCUAGCGGAGGAUAACAUAAUCCGCCAACUCCCUAAGACUUUCAUUCUAACCUGCGAGUAUGAUGUCCUCCGGGAUGACGGGCUGUUGUACAAGAAGCGGUUAGAGGACAACGGGGUGCCGGUGACACACCACAAUCUUCCAGACGCAAGCCAUGCAACCAUGAGCUUUUAUGCUAUGGGGCCGCUUGAAUUACCAAGCUCCAAGAUAUGUAUGCAGCAUGUAGUACAGUUCUUAAAAGGUUUAUAG